AUGUUCACCAUCCGACAAACGCAUGACUUUGGCCCACAGUCUACAUACAUAGGCAUUGACAACGACAACGGGUCGAUCUGCAAAAAGACGCUCGCGGAGCAAAGCAAACGGGUUGAGUUGGAAUCGGUCCGCUCAGCCGGCGAGCGUCCGUGGGGCAAGAGAAGACACGGCAAGACCCCUAUUUUGCCCGCGGACGUCCUGUCGAAACAUCUGAUGCUGCGUGGGGCCGAAGCUCAACAUGACAUCCAAGUUGAUUUGGAGUUGAAUGAAUAG